UACUCGUACAAGGACGAGCUGCUGGCGCGCAUCAUGGCCAAGCUGCACGAGAACAACCCGGAGCUGACGGACCGCAAGCGCCACACGAUGAAGCCGCCGCAGCUCAUGCGCGUGGGCACCAAGAAGACGCUGUGGGUGAACUUCCAGGAGAUCUGCCAGAUGAUGCACCGCAGCCCCGAGCACGUGCUGCAGUUCACGCUGGCCGAGCUGGGUACGGAGGGAUCCAUCGACGGCAACCAGCGCCUGGUCAUCCGCGGUCGCUACGUGCCCAAGUACAUUGAGUCGCUGCUGCGCAAGUACAUCACGGAGUACGUCUCGUGCCAGAUGUGCCGCUCGCCCAACACGACGCUCACGCGCGACUCGGUGAGCCGCCUGUACUUCGUGCACUGCCAGGACUGCGGUUCCUCGCGGUCCGUGGCUGCCAUCCGCUCGGGUUUCCACGCCGCUACUCGUGCCGACAGAAGGGCC